GUCUUGGACAUGGCCAAAGAAAUUAAUGUUGGUGGUGCAAAAGAUUACCAAGACCCUCCACCGGCAGUCCUUUUUGACGCCCAAGAGCUCACCAAAUGGUCCUUUUACAGAGCCAUCAUUGCUGAGUUCAUUGCCACCCUCUUGUUCCUUUACAUCACCGUCUCCACUAUCAUCGGCUACAACUCCCAGACAGACCCCAUCUACACCUCCGACCAAUGUGGUGGCGUCGGAAUCCUCGGCAUCGCCUGGGCCGUCGGUGGCAUGAUCUUCGUCCUAGUUUAUUGCACCGCCGGCAUCUCCGGAGGACACAUUAACCCUGCCGUCACAUUUGGGUUGUUGUUAGCCAGGAAGAUCACCCUCCCAAGGGCGGUCAUGUACAUUGUGGCUCAAUGCUUGGGUGCCAUCUGUGGUUGUGGUCUUGUGAAGGCUUUCCAAAAGACUAACUAUGAGAAUUACGGUGGUGGUGCUAACGAGCUUGCCGAUGGCUAUAGUAAAGGCACAGGAUUGGGUGCGGAAAUCAUCGGCACCUUUGUCCUCGUAUACACCGUAUUUUCAGCCACUGAUCCCAAGAGAAAUGCCCGCGAUUCCCAUAUCCCCGUGUUGGCACCUCUCCCUAUCGGAUUUGCUGUGUUCAUGGUUCAUUUGGCCACAAUCCCAAUCACUGGCACAGGAAUAAACCCAGCUCGUAGUUUAGGUGCCGCCGUGGUCUAUGGAAAAGACAAAGCCUGGGAUGAUCAAUGGUUAUUCUGGGCGGGACCAAUGAUCGGAGCCUUCAUCGCGGCCUUGUACCACCAGUAUGUACUGAGAGCAGGAGCAGUGAAAGCUCUUGGAUCCUUCAGGAGUAAUGCCUAGCUAGGAGAAGAGCACAUGGAGGUUACAGGACUUAACAUGUUAUGGUGAGACUUUUCUGCAUUGAAGGGAGUUUGUCUGUCUUUUAAUUAUUAGGGUUUUUGGUUGUUGUUAAAAUAGGUUGUUUUUUGAAUGCUUUCUUCUAUGUGUUGAAUGAGAAAUGACUUUGA